GAUAAUAAGGCGCUGCCAAGUCCGACAACAAAAUACAAUUUGACCAGCGUAACAUAUGCAGCUACAAUCCACUACCAUGACAUAUUAAAGGGGUGGAGGGAGACGCGGUUUCAUGCUCGUUAGGUGACCGGAGCCAGUCAACUUUUCGCCGUAGAGCCGAGACGCUGCGCCCCACAGACCUCUGUGUGAACGCUGGAGAAGCUACAAUGAGCUCGGAGCGCCAGAGCGACAGCGAGGACGCCGACGAGUCGCAGGACAGGCCCAACAGCGGCACCGUCUCCGACAAAGAGGAGGACACUGACAUCGACGGCUCGGACGUGGAAGAUGAAGUCGCUCCGGAGGGUUCUCCUUCGCGCGCGGGGAGCAGCGGGGACCGUCCCGAGCGCAGUGCGAGGUCUCCGGUAUCCGAGGAGCGAGAGCCCGCCUGCCAACCGGCCGCCGCGCCGGAGACGGGGAGCGGCGGGGACUCAAGCAUCGAUAGCCGCAGGGGGAAUAGCCUGUUUUCCUGGCUGCAGAGCAGGACAAUAAGACGAGGGGUGUUUGUGGACCCGGCUAGGGAUAACUUCAGGACAAUGACCAGUUUAUACUGCUCUAUGAAUCCGGCUGUGGAGUCUAUCAACCUGAGCACGCAGACCCACGGAGCGGUCUUCAACCUGGAGUACUCCCCCGACGGGUCUGUGCUGACUGUGGCCUGUGAGCAGACUGAAGUCCUGCUGUUUGAUCCCAUCUCAUCCAGACACAUCAAAACCCUGACGGAUGCCCAUGAGGACUGUGUCAACAACAUAAGGUUUUUGGACAAUCGUUUGUUUGCCACCUGCUCUGACGACACCACAAUUGCAUUAUGGGAUCUCCGUAAACUGAAUUCAAAGGUUUGCUCGUUGCAUGGCCACGCCAGCUGGGUGAAGAACAUCGAGUAUGACACCAACACUCGUCUCCUCGUCACGUCUGGCUUCGACGGCAACGUCAUCACAUGGGACACUAACAGGUUUACAGAGGACGGCUGCCCGCAUAAAAAGUUCUUCCACACGCGCUACCUAAUGAGGAUGCGCCUGACACCCGACUGUUCCAAGAUGCUCAUCUCCACUUCCUCGGGGUACCUGCUCAUCCUCCACGACCUGGACCUCACCCAGUCCCUCGAAGUGGGCAGCUACCGCAUGCUGCGAGCCCGUCGGACUCCCCUCAGCUCAGAUGGAGGCACAUCAGCAUCCAGGUCAGCUGGAACUCCUCGCCAGGGAAACGACUCUAGCAAGAUCCACCCUCAUAGAGAAGGUCUUUCUCCCAGGAACAGCCUAGAGGUUUUGACUCCAGAGAUCCCAGGAGAGAGAGACCGAGGAAACUGCAUCACCUCCCUGCAGCUCCAUCCUAAAGGCUGGGCCACGCUCAUCCGAUGCUCCAGUAACAUGGACGACCAGGAGUGGACGUGUGUGUAUGAGUUCCAGGAGGGAGCGCCCACCCGUCCGCUGGUGUCCCCCCGCUGCUCCCUCCGCCUCACCCACUACAUCGAGGAGGCAAACGUCGGCAGGGGCUACAUCAAAGAGUUGUGUUUCAGCCCUGACGGACGACUCAUCUGCUCCCCGUAUGGCUACGGCGUCCGCUUGCUCGCCUUUGAUGAGAACUGCGGCGAGCUGGCCGACUGCCUGCCCGUUCAGACCAGCUGCCUCAGGGAGAUCCGCUCCAUCUACUCGCACAGCGAUGUGGUGCUCACCACAAAGUUCUCCCCAACACACUGCCAGCUGGCCUCGGGCUGCCUCAGUGGACGCGUUGCCCUUUACCAGCCCAAGUUUUAGCCACCCGAUGCUAUCGAAGAACGAUGCACUGCAGACCUGGAUAAAGAAGUGCUAAUCAGGGUUUCUGCACAGAUCUAGAAUGUGUAGAAGAAGGCCUCAAAAUGUCCCCAGAAUACUGUUAUAUUUUCCAUGAUUUUAAACUCAUCUAAGAUAUACAGAUUUAUGUUGUGCAAAGAUUAUAUAUAAUAUAUAAGAAUAGGGCUUUCUUGGUAUCCUUUUAUCCAUUAUAAAUUAUAUCAAAACCAUGAAAGGAAAUUCAACUUUUCAAAAAAAUUGUAUCUUUAAGAACCCCAAAUAACAUUCCCUAGCAUUUGUUUUAAAGUGCUGAAGUGGUACAGAUGGGUGGGAUUUACUAAAUGCAGAUAGUUCAUAUAAUCUGACGCACGGUACUACUGGAAUAUUGGGACUUUUCGAACCCUCCGCCAGACAAUCCCUUGAGAAAACUCCACCCAUCUGCCACCUAAAAGGGAUAAAGCAAACCUUAAAAAAGAUUUUAAGUACUUCUAGACCCAGGUCUGCAGCUGUGAAGCUGACUGAGUUUGUUUGGGUGUGAACUGUAAGCUGACGGUUACUGAUGUGAAUUAAAAAAAAAAUGAAAAAAGGAGAAGAUAUAAGUUGUGGGCCCUUGACCAGGCUGCAGAAGUGGAUGAAAACUUUCUGCCUCUCUGACCCUGAACUUCAAGAAAUUUAACUAACUCCUAUUAAAACUGAGGAUAGGAAAUCCAACCCUCUUGAUCAUUAAAUCAAGAGAUGCGGUUCAUCUGUGGCUCUUUUUCAUACUAAAGGAUUAAUUUUGGUCUCUAUAGCAGUGGAAAACUUUGACUUAUUUUGAGACUCGGCACAACCAGAUGUUGCUGUCUCGGGACAAAAACACUAAGGAUGCAAACAGAUAAACAGUCAGAUAUUAAUUCUAAGGAGACAAACAAGAAACAGGCGCUUGUGUCUGCCGUCUGCAUUGUUGUUGAUCGUCUCGGCACGGCGUCCUCUGCUGCAGAUCGUGUCGCUCUCAGCUGCUCCACUGUGCUCAUGCCUUUUCUACAGGUGCUGCUUCUCUGCUCAUACAAUCUGAACUUUGACCCUCGACUUCAAGGACCUCAUCUUCAAUGCCUUUCUGCUUUACCUACAUUUUUUGUUUUCCUUCACCCUGUUGUCGCCUUCGUGGUCUUGGUUUUGGUUUGGUUUUUAGUGGUUUUAUUGGUGUGUUGUGUCGGGCACUACUUGUUCACGGUGUUUGAUUUGUUUGAUCCUGCGGUCACUGUUUCCCUUCCCAGUUUGUGUGUUUUUAUCUUAUGCCUGUAAAUGGAGACUUUGUGCUGUCUGGAAAAUAGAAAAGUCCAGCUGCUGUCAGUAUCUAAGCUUCCAAAGUAUCCCACCCUGACAUUUUCCAGACCCACUUCCUGUACAAACCAGUGUUACAAGAUUUUUAUACUUUUGCUAAGUAAAUUCUACUUAAAAUUACAUAUUUCUUCCCUAUAAGAUAAGGCUAGCAUUAUUCUGAAUCUUCUACAUAGAGUACUUUCUGACUUCCCUACCUUGUUUGUGGCACUCAGCCCGAGCCCAUGGGCUCUUACUGAAGACGUUAAUCUUUACUAAGAGCUCACAAAUACACAGGUUCAUUUUAAAAAAGGCUCUUUAAUUUCCUAUAACACCUGGCCACUGUAGUCUGUAGCAACCAUUACUCAAACGUGUAAAUAGUGAAGUUGUUGGGGACUACGUUUAGCCGUGAGUGUUUACAACAGCAUGGGAUUAAUACAGAAAAACUACAGUGGCACAGAGGAAUAAGAUAUAUCAAUAUUUGGCCACACGGACAAUAUGAAUUAGUAGAAUCAAUUAAGGCUGCAACUAACUGACUUCAUAGUCAUCUGUCUAUUUAUUUAAUCGAUUAGUUCUGUAAAAUCAGAAAAUUGCCACAGUGUUUUCCAAAGCCCAAGAUGACGUCCUCAAAUGUCUUUUUUUUUUUUGUCAUAGCUUAGUAAAGAAACAAGAAAAUAUUCACAUAUAAGAAGCUGGAAACAGAGAAGUUUUUAUUCAAACAAGUUGGUGAUUAAUGUAAUAGUUGACAGCUAAUCGAUUAAUUGUUGCAUCUCCUGAAUCAAUUCAUUGCUGGUUUUGGUCUGGAUUUGUUGAAACUAAGAAUAUGAUAAGAAUAUUGCCAGCCUCAUUCUUUAAUCAGCUUGUUGAGCUUGUGGACGGCAGAUUUUGGCAGACGUUCAGCAGCGUUCGUUUAACCUUUAAAGGAUGAAAUUGUUGCCAAGAAACAUCUGACUUGUUUUUUGACCUUGUACCUCAUUUUGUUGGUUUUUGAAGAGUGUGUUGAUCCACAUCAGUGUUUUUUCCCCCAUGCAUCACAUCCAGUUCUCUUUUUGACAAUGUUGUCAUAAAAGUGACCUAUCAGGUUAUUCCUCUCUAUGGACCGAAUGCAUUGCUUUGACUGUUCUAGUACCGGCAAUGCUUUUCUGUUUUCAACCAGUGUAGUAUAGGUGUUGUAAGGACAAGCGCAUGCUUGUGUGGAUGUUACACCUUAAUGUAAACUGGUUAUAGUACAUACUGACUGCAGAAUAGAUAUAACGUAAAUAAAAGGUAGACAUUUGCGUAUACUACUAUGCAUACCAGCCUUCAUGAAUAUUCUCCUUUCCUAUGUAUGUGAGGGUGAUGCUCUGUGUAGAGCUGUCAGAUGCCAAAAUUUUGCUUGCACAAGGCAAUGCUUCUCCUCUGAGCUGAGAACUAAAGGUGAACAUCUGCUAUUAUGGAUUUUUUUAAAGUUAUUUACAUAUAGCAAAAGCUUAAAUUUUACAAGAACUGAUUGACAUUUUUGCAGGUACACUUAUUCACUUUCUUGCCAAAAGUUAGAUUAGCAGAUCCAAACUUGUCUCACAACUUACUUGAAUACAAAGCUACAGCUAGCAGUCACUUAGACUGGAAAAAGGGGUAACAGCUAUUCUGGCUCAGCCUAAGGGUCACAAAAUCCACCUACCAGCACUUCUUAAUUAAGAUUAUAUGUCGUUUGUUUAAUCUGUAUAAAAAGUGUAAAACCAGAAAUUUGCCUUUUUUGGGGUGGUUAUGUGUGUGGGUUGACUGGCAACCAAACACAGAAACGGCCAUGAAAACCCCUCGUAAAAUGGUAACUUGUAGUUUUUACACUUCAGUUUUUGUACGGAGGAAACAAACAACAUAUAUUGUGUUAAUAGCGAGCUUUAUGUUUUCUGGUAGUGGAGUUCGUUGACGUUAGAGUGAGUCAAGCUAAAUCUGUUUCCCGCUGUUUUCCACUUUGCUAAGCUAAGCUAACAGGCUGCUCAUGGUAGCUUCAUACUCACCGUUUUCACAUGAGUGGUAUCAAUCUUCUCUUCUAGCCCAUUACCAGAAAGUGUAAUAAGUGCAUUUCCCAAAAUGUUUAAAAAACUAAAAGUUGUUUGAGAAAUUUAUUUAAAAUUUUGGAGAAACGAUGGAAGUCGUCCGAACACAGAUGUGAUUUCAUAAUUCCCAGCUCACAACAUGGUCCUGUAUGUCGGCUACUGAGGAAGGAUGCUUUCGACACUUUGUACCUCAGUUAACUGCUCAAAAUGUCCGUGUUUCACAAAUCCAUCCAUUUCACCUUCAGCUCAGUCAAAUCAGGGACUUCCCCCUCCUCGUGAAUAACUCAUUUUUACCAAGGUAAAGGCAUUAAGAAAUACUCUAGAAUGAUUUCACUAAUUAACUUACAUUUAUAUAUAUUUUUAAUUGACUGAGCUGAAGGUUAAAGGAAACAACCAUUCUGUAUAUUCAAUGCUGCUUUUAUUUCACUUAUAUUCACAAGCUCUUCGGAGAGAAGUGUCUUAUCUGCUAUUUUCACUUCAGGUAUACAAACUAAACAACCGGGUUCAUUUUUAUGAAUUCCUUCUCUUUGUUGUUAUUUUUUGUGAAGUAUUCUGGGUUUUAACCUGUUUUCUGAUGUGGAUUAAUUGAAUGUUCUCAGUAGUUUUGGUGUUACCUGCGUCACCUCAAGUGGUCACAGCUGGGGGACGGGUGGACGAGACAAUAACAUGUUGAAUUGCUCGGACUGUUGUUUCCUAAAUUGCUAUACACAGCAAGUUAUCCCAACAAUGAUACUAAAAUGGUACUUAAUAUCACUGAAAUAAAAAGGUUAGCUUCUUUUGCA